GCCUCGCUCCCCGCCCCGGCUGAGGGGCGGCUGCCGCUGCUGCUGCUGCCGCUGCCGGCGGCGGCUCCGCCAAAAUGUCCGAGCGCGGCGGCUUCUACCGGCAGGAGCUCAACAAGACUGUGUGGGAGGUGCCGCAGCGCUACCAGAACCUCACCCCCGUGGGCUCCGGCGCCUACGGCUCCGUGUGUUCAGCUUAUGAUACCAAAACAAGACAGAAGGUGGCAGUAAAAAAGCUUUCAAGACCUUUCCAAUCACUUAUUCAUGCAAGGAGGACCUACCGAGAGCUUAGGUUGCUGAAGCACAUGAAGCAUGAGAACGUUAUAGGAUUGCUAGAUGUUUUUACACCUGCAACAUCAAUAGAAAAUUUUAAUGAAGUGUAUCUUGUGACGAAUUUAAUGGGUGCUGACCUGAAUAACAUUGUGAAGUGCCAGAAGUUAACAGAUGACCACAUACAGUUUCUCAUUUAUCAGUUACUUCGAGGUCUUAAGUAUAUUCACUCAGCUGGAAUCAUCCACCGGGACCUGAAGCCCAGUAACCUGGCUGUAAAUGAAGACUGUGAGCUGAGGAUUUUAGACUUUGGUUUAGCUCGACAAACUGAUGAUGAGAUGACUGGAUAUGUUGCAACAAGAUGGUACAGAGCUCCAGAAAUUAUGUUAAACUGGAUGCACUAUAAUCAAACAGUUGACAUCUGGUCUGUUGGAUGCAUCAUGGCAGAACUAUUGAAAGGGAAGGCCCUAUUUCCAGGAAAUGAUUAUAUCGAUCAACUGAAGAGAAUAAUGGAGGUUGUGGGUACACCCAGUUCUGAACUUCUGAAGAAGAUAUCAUCAGAACAUGCAAGAAAGUACAUUGAAUCUCUUCCACAUAUGCCUCAACAGGACUUGAAAGCAGUAUUUCGUGGUGCCAAUCCACUAGCUGUAGACCUUCUUGAGAAGAUGCUUAUAUUGGACAGCGAUAAAAGAAUUACUGCCUCAGAAGCACUUGCACAUCCAUACUUUGUACAGUAUCAUGAUCCAGACGAUGAACCCGUGGCUGAGCUGUAUGAUGAGUCAAUAGAGAAUAAAGAGCGAACCAUAGAUGAAUGGAAAGAACUUACCUAUGAAGAAGUGAUUAGCUUUAAACCACCUGACCUAAAAAUGGAUAGCCUGGAAAUAGAACAGUAAAUACAGGCAGCUGUGUUUUGCCUUGCUGCACUAUAAAGACUGUUAAAAUAUAACCAUACAAUUUAACCUGUGUUCAAACGUAGAUUUUACUAUCCAAAGAUGUUGGAGAAGAUGUGGAAAAGCAGAUGCAUUAUACAGAAGCCAGAUGUUGUCUGUUUUGGGGUUUUCUUGCCUUGUAAUAUGAAUGUAUUUCCAAUUCAUAAAGGGUGAUAAAGAACUGCUUCGUUCUGACAAAAUUAUGCACUGAGUUCUGUUCAACUGUGUUUUCUGCAUGUUUCGUCUUAUCAGUUGUAUUGCCAAAAUGAAGGUGACAUUUUAAAUUAAUUUUAAAAUUGUACAUUUAACGCAUGAAUGUAUACAAACAUAAACAUAGAAUUCCAUAAAAGCGAUCCAUUUUUUUCUGGCAUUAGCCUAAUUUUAUCUGUCCAUUUUCAUUUUAUUUAUAGUUAGUGCCUUUAUGAAGAGAGGGCGUGGUAGUGAGAUAGACAGAAUAUGCAUACGUAGUCAUAUCUGUGGUGGUCUUACAAAAUUACUGGAUGUCUCUCAAACAAUCUAACACCAGUUCAAAGUCAGUAAAAAAUAAAUCCCUGUCUCCUGUUGCCAUUAAAGUGUCUGUCCUCAUUCUUUUCCCUAUACAUAUUUUUAUUCUGCACAAUACCAGUUUGUGAGACCAUUUUAAUUCUUGCUGGUACCCCUAAGCAUGCCGUUGGUGGAGAGCUGAUGAACUUGCACAAGUUUCCAGGAGGGUGCCCUGAAGGCACCCCAGGAUGUUUCUAGUUUUCUGCAAGCUUCAGCAAAAGCUGUCACAGAUCACAGUGCAAGGAUACUCAGUCAAGUUCACAACUUUGAACUCGAUAUUAUUCAUUAUCUUAUUUCCCUUCAUUUGGUCCUUGAGAAAAUAGUCUAAAAAUUGCCACUGGAAAACAAAACAAAACAAGAUUUAAGAAUAGUUUGCAGAUUUGUGAAACACAAAAUAUCCAUCUUGACAGAUUUUCUUUCUGGGCAAAAUUUUAAAGGCUUUCCAGCUCUGAAAAGCUGGAAAAUUAAAUCUUAAUUAAUAAAUUGCAGGAUAGACUACAUACCAAGUUGUAUUAAAGAAUUUAUUAUAUCAGUUCCCCAUUGAAAGCAUAAUACUACAACAGGAAUAUCCUUUGGCAUGAGGCGUCUUGUGGUUUCAUUGCUGUGUCUUUCUCACAUAGUAGUGAAUCAUGGUUGCACAAACUAGUUAACGUUCAUUUUUGUGUCUUGUUCUCACUGUCAAGGUCUCAUUUUGUAGGUGGCUUUUUAUAUUAUUUACAUUUUCUUCAACUUUUGUCAUUUAGAUCCAGUUGUACAGCUAUUAUAUGACCUAAUGAAUUCUACUGCAUUUAUUUACCUUCCUCUGUAUCUUUUCUAUGUACAAAACAAAAUCUUUUUCUUAAUAAACAGGUAAAAAAAAUCAAGUCCAAGAACUUUUAUUUUCCACAGACACGUGAUGUGGUAUUGCUUGUCUUCUAGAAAAGUAGAACUAAUCGUUCCAUCUAAAACAUUUGUUCCUCAUGUGUGGUCUAACUGGUGGACUUUUGUUGAUAAUGUUUGCAGUUACCUAAUACUUACCUUCAGUAGAAUGCAGCUGUUUGGAUUCAACGUUCUUCAAGGCUUAUUAACCUGAAAGUAAAUGCUUGCAUGGAUUUAUUGGGAGUCCUUUGAAUUGCUGUCUGGCUGUCAUUACAUCGACGUCCUUCGAAGCUGGAUGAAGCCUGUAAUGGUCAUUCAGCGAUUGUCUGAAUUUCAUGCUAAAUAGGUGAAAAGAUUAUAAAUCCUUAAAUGAUUUGUCUGACUGUGCAAUGAAAAAUAAUCCCUCAGGCAUGUCUUAAGUAUAUAUUUUUUUAAUUUGCUUGUUUACGACUUAACAGAAAAAUAGUUCGGUGCUUUAUUUUCUCUGAAAUCUCAUAUUGAGGUUGCUAGCCUGAUCUGCAGCUAUUCUCCAGCUGGAAGGGCAAGAAUGAAAUAAAGAAAUUUCCUGAAAACCCUUCACAUC